UGUCUCUGGCGUGCGGGGACAGGUGUGACGCUGUGAAUAGUACACAAAGAUUAUUCUGUCUCUUUGCAUGCAGUUCUGGUCACCACUGGCUGAGCUUGUACGGGUAGACCCACGGGCCAGAGCUGACAUAUCGUCUUGUUGGGAGACUCGUGCAGUAGUUUCUAACACCACAGCUUAUGAUGGGCACCAACCUCUUCUGUACUGCUGUUCACGGGACAUGGAAAUACAAUGUCUGCAAGGCCACGGCAGGAUGCACUCCCUUGGCGAAGCAAUCUUGAUGCUGUUUCACGGUCCACUCUGCAAUGACGAGAAGACAUAUUCAAACCAGAGACGUAGAAGUGACGGCCCAGAAUUGCAUGGAAUGGCGCAGGAUGGUCCACAAGAGACGUCGCCUUGAUGCAGACCACUUGACACAACGAUGAAGAGAUC